AUGGAGCUGCAACGUGUGCUGGAAGCCUAUCGCGCAAUGGAGCCCGUGCGAUCGCUGAUGCAGACAAUCAAGACGCAAUUUGCACACGAGCAGCAGUGGGCGUCGCUUGCGUUUCAGGCUCAACUGGUUCAAUUCGUGGUGGACGACCCAAUUUGUCACGACUUUCCCCCGCAGAGGACGUAUACAUACCGGUUUCUCAAGGCUUUCGUGAGUGAGAUUGAGGCUCUGCAUGUGGACAUUGACGACAGAGUCGUUGAGGCACUGAUGGAGUUUGUCCUGAACAAGAAACUGCGCGACGACUCGCUCUAUGCCGAAGCUAUGCACUACGUUUCGUACACAGUGCCAACGGCAGCCACUACGUCGAAAGUCGUGACGUGUCGCGUGGCUUCUUUGUUGAAUGAGGUGGGGCUGAGACUCUGGGAAGCUGGUUGGCUGCUGGCCGAGUACGUCCUGCGACACGCGCACGACUUUCACGACAAGACGGUGCUGGAACUCGGCGCUGGCGUUGGCUUCACAGGCAUGGCCCUGGCUUGUGUGUGUCGCUCAAGUCGUGUUGUGCUCACGGACUAUGCGCCAAACGUGCUGCAAAACUUGCGGUACAAUGUCGAGCUCAACUCGGACAAGUUCAUCUGCCCAGUGGAAGUACAGGCGCUCGACUGGGGAACGUGGCAGCGAACGGAUCGAGAGGAUGCAGUGCACCCGGACAUCUUACUCGCUGGAGACUGUGUCUAUGACGUGGCAGCUUUUCCAGCCAUGAUGCAUGCUCUCGAGUCAUUCUUUGGCGAGCAUGAAGGCGGCGAUACCAGUCAGCAGUCUCAGCGCGUGGCGAUUUUUGCCGCGACGAUUCGCAACCAGAAGACGUUCCAAGAGUUCCUCGACCAGCUGGCUGAGCACGACAUUGACUACGUUGAUACGACGACGUGUUUGACAGAGACGCUGGAGAAGCAGACGUUUCCGUACUCGAAUCGAGAUCAGAUUCGCAUCUGCCGCCUGUCGAGAGCUGUUCGUUAUGCACCUGCAGCAUCGAAGAAGUAG